AUGUUCGCGAAUGAUGGUCAACGACUUUUCGAUGCGGUGACUUUUGCUCCUCUCGUAAUCGUUGGACCUCUCGUACUCAUUGGAGGAAUAGCGUAUUUGCUGGCUGUUGUCGGACGAUGGUCAUUGCUUGGAAUUCUUGUCUUUUUCAUUUUUGAUGUCAUUCAGUAUGGUCUGGGUAAGACUAUGGUUCGUUGUCGUAACAAUGCCAUCGAAAAGACAGAGAAGAGGAUUAGUCUGAUGGGAGAAAUUAUCCGAUGCAUUCGUGUCAUAAAGAUCAACUGUAUGGAAGAAAGUUUCUCGAAAAAAAUUGAACAAAUGCGUCAUGCUGAAAAAAUCGACAUCCGAACAGCCGGAUACGCGCAAUCGUUAGCUAUUGCUUGUGGACCUGUUGUACCAGUUGUGGCCGCAAUUCUCACUUUUCUAGGAGUUGUGCUUUCAGGGCAUGAUCUGCUUGCUAGUGACGCCUUUUCUGCAAUUACUGUGUUCUUUGUGAUGUUAUUCGGUAUUCGAAUGAUUCCGUAUGGUAGUCGAUAUUUGGCUGAAGCAUUGGUAGCGGUCCGACGAAUUCAGGAAAUUCUCCUUUACGACCAAUGGGAACCGGUUCAACCUCAUGCACAGGACCAGAACAUAGCUAUCCGGUUCUACCAUGCGACGUUCGCGUGGAAUCCUCCAUCAGCCGAACCCACUUCGCCUCCAACCGAAGCAACACCUGUGAACACUGAACAAUCCUCGUUCGCUCUGGAUAAUAUCACGUUGAACAUUCGCAAAAAGGAGUUGACGGGCAUCUGUGGUGCAGUUGGAAGUGGAAAAAGUGCACUACUCAACAGCAUUAUUGGACACAUGUACCCCGUGAAUGGAGAACUGGAGGUUGGUGGCACAUAUGCUUAUGUUCCACAAACACCAUGGAUCCAGAACGCCACUGUCCAGGAAAACAUCUUGUUUGGUUCGACCAUGAAUUCUCAACGAUACUAUAAGGCUGUUAGCAGUUGCCAGCUUACGAAGGAUUUGGAAACAUUGGCUGCGGGAGAUCAAACUGAGAUUGGAGAACGAGGCGCCACACUUUCCGGUGGACAGAAAGCUCGAGUUUCGCUAGCCCGUGCUAUAUUUGCUCACAAAGAUAUCUAUCUUCUAGACGACGUUCUCGCUAGUCUCGAUAAAAAGGUUGGAGACAAAAUAUUCGAGAAGGCUGUCCGAGACGUGCUUUCCAGCAAGACCGUUUUAAUGGUCACAUCGGAUCCACAGGCAUGUUUUCCUUUUAUCUCGUUUGAUCUCAUCUUACAUGAAAACAGAGUCACAUGGCACGGGUGUUAUUGUUAUUAG